CAAGACAUCCCGCGGAUAGAAGUUAGCAGAAGUAAAAUAAAUACUUGGAAAUGGAAAAGAAGACAGACGUCAACGAGAAUGACCCAAUAGUGGGGUACUUUCAUGGAGUCUCUCCGAUAAAAACCUCCAGAAAAAAUACGCGUUAUUUCAAUGCUACUGUCCAAACAGCAAGACAGGAAUACCACCAAGCCGUAUUUUUCACUCCGGAAAAAUACAACAGCAUUGUUACAGCUCAAAAGAACAAGACUCCCGUCAAACUGAACAAUGCAAGAAAAACAAUUGGUUUCAAAGAUGAUUAUGACAUACAGUGCACGAGAGAAACAUCUAUAGAUGUCACAACUGGAGUCGACUUCACAUACAGACCACCUCAGGACACACAGCUAAACGUAGCUGAAAUAAUAAACAUGACAAAUCACCAAUCGAUCUUGAAACUCCUAGCAACAGUUUGCAACAUUGAUGGGGCAAGCACCAUGGUCACCGUUCGGGACUCCGAAAGUGAAGUUAAGUCCUGCCAAGUAGGAGACCAAACGGGGACAAUUCAACUGUCCUUGUGGGAUGGUCAAAUUGACCUUGUACAAUUGGGUAAAACGUACAUGUUCACAAAUUUGUCAACCAGAUCAUUUAAUGGGAAAACCACAUUGACAACCACCCGGAACACCACCAUAAUGCACAGCAGCACAACGAUCACAUUGCCCAACACAUCAAACACAAACGAUUUUGAAACUCUAACAAACACACUAACACAAACAGUUGAAGGCAGCACAAUCACAAUUAAAAAACUGUGUCCCAAGUGUCACAGUACACAGCAGUCAAUCAACAUUAAAGAGAAUUUCCACAGGUGCACCACCUGCAAAAUUCUUCGCAAACAGUCCAGCUACAUUACAAAGUGUAAUGGAGCACUGAUCUUUAAAAUGGGAGAGGAUGAGCUGUCACUAGCCAUCCCAAAUUCUAUCCUGACAAAGUUUAUUCACAAAGAAAAAGACAUUACCUUUCUUGAUGCACAGGACAUAGAGGAGUAUCUUCUCACUUGUGGGCCU